UUUUCCCAGGGAAUAUCAAAAUACGAUAUAGAAUGCCAUAAAAAGUAUGGAGAUAUGUGGGGGAUAUAUAAUGGGCUGGUCCCUGUGCUGGUUAUCACAGAACCAGAUAUGAUCAAGAAUGUACUAGUGAAAGAAUUUUAUUCUAACUUCACAAAUCGACAAUCUCUUGGCCCAGAUGGAUUUAUGAAAAAAGGUAUAAUAAGAUCUAAGAAUGAAGAAUGGAAAAGAAUUCGAUCAUUGCUGACUCCAACCUUCAGCAGUGGAAAACUGAAGGAUAUGUUCCCCAUUAUCCAAGAAUAUGGAGACGCGCUGGUGAAAAACAUGAGUCAGAAAGUAGCGAAGGGCAAGAAUGUUACCAUGAAAGACAUCUUUGGGGCCUACAGCAUGGAUGUGAUCACUGGUGCCUUAUUUGGAGUGAAGGUGGAUUCCCUCAAUAACCCCCAGGAUCCCUUUGUGAAAAACACCAGAAAGCUUUUUAUAUUUGACUUUUUCAAUCCAUUGGCUUUCUCUGAAGCACUCUUUCCAUUCCUUCCCAGAAUAUAUAACAAACUAAACAUCAGUAUGUUUCCAAAUGAUGCUACAUCAUUUUUUAAGAAAUUUAUAGAAAAGAUCAAAAAAGAGCGACUUGAAAAUACCAAAGAGCACCGAGUAGAUUUUCUUCAGCUGAUGAUGGACGCCCAGAAUUCCAAGGACAUGGAGUCCCAUAAACCUAUUCCCACAUUUGAAGUCAAUGCCCAAUUUUUGUUAUUUUUUUUUGCUGGCUAUGAGACAACAAGCACUGCUCUUUCCUUUACUACAUAUUUACUGGCGAUUCACCCCAAUGUUCAGAAGAAACUUCAGAAUGAGAUUGAUGCAGUCCUGCCCAAUAAGGCACCUGCUACUUAUGAAGCCCUGGUAGAGAUGGAAUAUCUGGACAUGGUGUUGAAUGAAAGUAUGAGAAUAUAUCCAGUUGCUACCAGGGUUAACAGGCUCAGUGAGAAAGAUGCUGAAAUCAAUGGUGUGUUCAUUCCCAAAGGGACAGAGGUGGUCAUACCUAUCUUUGUUCUUCACUGAAAUCCAAAAUACUGGCCAGAGCCUGAGGAAUUCUGUCCUGAAAGGUUCAGCAAGGAGAAUAAAGAUAGAAUCAAUCCUUAUACAUACCUGCCUUUUGGACAUGGUCCUAGAAACUGCAUUGGCAUGAGGUUUGCUCUCAUUAACAUGAAGCUUGCAAUUGUCAAAAUCCUACAGAACUUUUCCCUGAGUCCUUGUGAAGAAACAGAGGUUCCCUUGAAAUUAGGUAAGAAAAUGACUCAUGCUCCAGAAAAGCCUGUUGUCCUGAAGAUUAUAUCAAGAAAUGGGGCAAUAAAUGAAGGUUGAUUUUAUCUCAAGUUCUGGUAUGUUCUUCAAAGAGUUCAUUCUAAAUACGUGGAUUUUAAUUUAAUCUGGAAGAAAACCUACAUGAAUAUGACUUUAAUCUACAACACUUAAUGACACAAUCUUCAAUUAUUUUUAUUGUCUUGAUUUUGUGUAUAGACAGAAAAUAAUUAUUUAGCAAUCUUUAUGUUCUCUCAUGUCGAAAUUUGCCCAUUUUCCCAAAGAUAAAACAAUAUGUUUCAUUUCAAUACUGAUAAAAGAUUUCUCCUUAAUUUUGUCAA